AUGGAUACCAUUGAUCUCAUUCUGCAACAGCUCCGCGCCUUGGCCACACAGGCUGACGAUGUCGGCCGUCAUAGGUUGCUUGAUGGUCUUCGCGACAUCCAGUCAUCGCUAGAGACACCACAUGACACAUUAUCGCACUUUUCGGGAUUGCAUCUCAAAAUCGCUGCAGCUCGCAUUGGUGAGGACUUGAAAUUGUUUGAGAUUCUAGCUGAGAGAAGGCAGUCGUGGAGUGUUGGGGAUUUAGCCGCCAAGACGAAUGCUGCACCACUAUUUCUUGGCCGACUCUUGCGCUACUUGGCGUCUGUGAACUUGAUCAAGGAGUCAGGUGAAGAUACCUUUACUGCCAAUGGUCAAACUCAUACUCUAGCACAACCAGGCUAUCGUGGUGGUAUAUAUCAUUUCUUCGACAAUUGUGGACCUGUCUUCCAAGCGCUUCCAGCGUUUCUCGCAGGGAAUAAGUAUCAAGACAUCACUGAUGCAACGAAGACUGCAUUUCAAACGGCAUUUCCGACUGACUUGCCUGCAUUCCAAUGGCUACCAACACAACCGGAGCGCUUUGGCCCGCUCCAGCAAGUUAUGAUGGUUCAAGGCGCUGCCGCCGUCCCGUGGUUCUCGGUGUUUCCUUUUGAGAAGGAGUUGAGCGACUUUGCUGGGCGUCACGUGUUUGUUGAUAUCGGAGGUGGGUUCGGUCACCAAUGUGUCGCUCUAAAGCAGGCCUACCCACAGCUGAAGGACAAGAUUGUCCUUCAAGAUCUCCCCCAGACUCUGGAACACCUACCGCCACCAUUUGUAGCGCAACUUGAUGGAAUCGAGAAGUUGGCGCAUAACUUUUUCGAGCCCCAGCCCAUCAAAGAAGCCAAAUUCUAUUACUUGCGUAACGUCCUGCACGAUUGGCCAGAUGAGACAUGUAUUGAAAUCCUCAGCCAGAUCAGCAUCGCAUUGGGUUCGGAAUCGCAAAUUUUGAUUGACGAGAUGGUUCUGCCUAACGUGGGCGUUACAUGGGAGGCAACUACGAUUGAUUUGACCAUGAUGUCGUCCCUUGGCUCGCGUGAGCGCACUCUCAAAGAGUGGCGUGCGCUAUUGGAUUCGGCAGGAUUAAAGAUACAGCGCAUUGACACCUAUACACCCCGCCGCCACGACUCUAUCAUACAAGUCGCUCGAAAGUAG